CAGCAACCCCGCCAGCCAAGCGAGCGACAGAAUCGCGCAAAUCUUCGGGAGAGAUUCUCGGCUUCGGCGCGACGUAACGCGGUUGAAAAGUACUACGAUUGCCUGCAAUGUGCCGAGCAGUGCCGCCACGUGACCGCUGUUGUCAACAACAACAAUCCCGGCGUGACCGCGAACAAUAACAAUAACUUGAAGCUGGUCAAGGCCGCCAAAGGGAACAAUCUGAUUCUAAAGGAGAACUGUAGAGCGGCAAACAACACCAUAAACUCGUCAUCGUUGAAGGAGAAUGCGAAAAUUUUGGCUCGUCUGGACGAGGGAAGAGUUUCGAAGAAUCCCAAGAGUGGUGGUAACAAUCUAGUGGCAGUGAGAUCAACCGUGAAAAAUCAACCGUUACCUCUAACUCCGGCCAAAAAGAGAUCGUCUCUGGCUCGUCCCGUUCGUGUCCACGAUUCCUUCGCUCAGCCGAGAAAGUUGUUGCCUAUGAAUUACGCCUUCCAGACGUUGCAGAAGUCUGGAAACGAGUCUACGUACGAGGAGGACGAGUACAAGGAGAGCGGUUGGCCGAUUCGGUUGAGGCUUGAGCAGAUGCUCGAGCUGACGUUGCCGCAGACCAAGAAGAGGACGAAAAAGAAGACGCCAAUGAUGCUGAUGAAGCAGCAGCAGGCCAAUAAGCACGCGUGCAAGGACACGGAGAGGCUGCUGCGCGUAUUCAGCGUGAACAAUGUGGACCAAGAUACUAGGUACAACGUCACACGGUGUUCCGUCAUGUAGAAACUCGCAUAGAUGAUUAUGUUCGUUCGUUGAAGGUUGGUUGUUGAAGAUUUUCUUUUUUUCUUUUCUUUUUUUUUUUUUUUCUUUUGGAGAAUCGAGGCAUUGCAGCGCCAUCUGAAGUUUUUUUCAGGAGACAUUAGACGCUAUUUAAGAUAUAUAAUUGACUCGAGUUAGAGAGGUUAAGAUAAUUUUAUAAUAUGGACCACGAUAUAGCGAGAUUGUAAAAAUACAAGGAGACAUUUUAAAGGAUAUAUAUGGAUUAAUUUAAAAUUGUUCGUGUUUUUUUUUAUUGUUCAAGCAAUAAUAAAAGUAGAUAUAACUUCACAUUAUUUUCAUUACUAGAAACGAAAAGAAAGAGAAGUUGUGAUGUAAAUAUAAAUUUUAAUUUCAAUGCAUAUAUAUCCCAUAUAUAGAGUACAUUGAUUUUUGCAUCAAAGGUUCUUUUUUUUUUUUUUUUUAUCAAAAUUAGCCUUAUAUUCCCAUCCAAAAUAUUUAAUUAUUCAAUGUACCAACAAAUUUUACUAUCUUGCUAUAUUCUAGCUCAUAUUAAUUGGAAAAAUGAAUCAUGCCAGAUUUUUUUUCUUUUUUUUUUUUUUUUAGAAAUCGAAACCCAGCUCUCAAUGUCGAGCACAUCUUGCUCGAAAUUGAAAUUAGAAUCGAAUUGAAAUUAGAACGGAAGCUGCGUAACACCUAAUCAUGCUACAUUUUUGCCAGUAAAUAAGAAAACUCUUUGUUCAGUGUGUGACUUGUGUCUUAGUACUAUCGAUCGCUUGUUGAGUUUGAUAAAAUCAUCCAAAAAUAGGGGAGGAUCGGUAUUUAUAUCAUUUUUAACGUAAAAUACAAUUUGCAUAAUAGAGAAAUACAUUUUCGAUGAUAUCCGAAAUGGCAGAAGAAAAUUUUUUGCGUUCAUCUUUCAACACAAUCGUUCAUUAUUUUUAUCUUCGAUGAUUGUGAAAUGAAUUUUACAAUACAUUGAAUAUAUAUACAUAUAUUAAUUUUUUGAGAAAAAAAAAUUGUUGUCGAUGGAUUAGAACAAUUGAUCGAAUAUUUUAAAAAAGUCGGAUAUCAUUUAAAAUCGAUGGAUUACAUUUCGAAUAAUUUGCAGAGUGUGAAAAGUAUAGUGAACCAAUAUACAAAUAGGAAUCCUCUUUCCUUGGUUAGAUCGCAGAGAUUAUCCCAUUAUCGUCAUCCGCCUGCAUCGAGAUUAAAAAAUUAAAAUUCUUUUUCCAUCGCUAACAGAACACUUGAUAAAUGGUGAAACUUUCUUCGCGUCAUUCGAUAUUCCAAUCAUAAAAAUAUUCGAAUGGUUGCGUUUCGGUUCGAGGAGAUAUAUUUCCAUUCUUAUGUAUAACUCGUGAACUUUCAGAAGAACAUCACGCCAUCACUCUGAACCGAAUUAAAAAUCGCAAAAUCGAAAAUUCUAAUGUCCGCUUUUGUAUUUUUCACAACUAAUUCCGUCCCCGGAGAAACAUUCAAACAGAUGAAAUUCGCGAUUUAAUUUGUUCUAUAGAUACUUCACUGCGUGAAAAAUUCUAAAAAAGAAAAAAAGAAAAAAAAAGUUCUCCAUUUAUCCCAUUUAUCCCAUAUUAAAACGACGACACGAGUGUUUAACAAUCGUUUCGUUGAUGUUAAAUUCGAUUAAAUUUAUCGAAGUUUUGAAGAAGAGAGAAUAUUAAUUAUUGGAAUGAAACGUUAUCGCCAUUGCAUUUAUAAUGAUGCCGAUAUUUUAUCUCGAGCGUUGACCAAUUACCGUGAUCUGCAUUUACUUGAUAUUGCAUUUAUGUGUACAGGACGUUUCUGAAGAUGCGUGACGUAGCAUUAGCGAACGUUAAUAAUAAUAAUAAUAAUUAUAAUAAUAAUAUAUUGAUGCAAAUGGAAAUAAAAAUUAAGUGAAAAAGAAGAAACGUAAAAUACGUGAAGCGUUAAAGGAACAGUGGCGCCAUCAAUUUGUCGCGUAUUUCCAAAAACGCUUGUACACCAAUCUUCGUUGAGUCUGAGAGAAUAAUAUAUAUGAACGUUGAAGAUUUUCAUUCUAUUGUAUAACGAAGAAAUAGAGAAAAUGUUUAAGAAAAAAAAAAAAGAAGAAUAGAUUAAAAGUAUAAUUGCUAAAAAAAAAAGAAAGAGAGAGAGAGAGAGAAAAGAGAAAUUCAGAAAAUUGUUUACUUAUUCGUUAGAUCAUUGUCGAUUAGUUGAAAAUAGCAAUCAGCAAAAUAUAUUAUUCUAUUGUAAUGAGAAAAGUGUAACGAGUGACUAUUUUUUCGUGUGUUUCUCAGAGUUACAUUCUUAACGAUACACACAAUACAAAAGUUGCAUUUUUAAAGGAUAUCUAUAAUAAUUUCAAAGUAUGUCAAAGCACCAAAUUAUUCGAGAGAGAGAGAGAGAGAGAGAGAGAGCGUUUUGCCGUGCGUAGAAAAGAGUCACAACAAGAGAGCUCCGCGUAUACUUAUUUUUUCACUAUCCAAUACUUCAGUCGAUUUUCAUGAUGAGCUGAUCUAGUCACAGAUAUGCUUUCAGUAACGUAAUGUCGUCGAGUGUGUCCUGUUCCUAGUUAGAAUCCUCGAUCGUAACGAGCUCGUUCGUAAAAAAAUUCGAAGACACCAUUCUUUUUCUUCUUUUUCUUCUUUUCUUGAAAUAAUGAAAAUUUAGAAAAAAAAAUUUUGCAAAAUUCGUAGUACUCGUUGUCACUGUUUAAAAUAUUUAAAUUUAAUAAUCCGUAAUUUCUUAGGGACAUUUUUACAUGUUUCGAUUUUAAUUUUCGAAAAAAAAGUUUUCAAAAAUUUACGAACGAGCACGAGUUCGUUAAAAAAUUUUACCGAGGACCGAGAUCAGAAUAGAUUAGGGUUAAGUAUCAGGGAUAAUAAAAGUUGUGUUAUUGUACGUUGUAAGGCUACAUAUAUUUCAUUAUAUUUCAUUAUAUUAAACGUAACGUAACGAGUGCCCUACCCCUGUUAAAGAGUAUAUUACGAAUUAUUAACUGUACCAUAGAUUGUAAGCUAUUCCAACUACCACGCCUAGUAUUUUCUAAGUAUUAUGGUUAUGCAGGAUGUGUUCGUGUUGCUGAAACUGUUUCUGAUUCGUCGUUCCAUUAAAACGAACUUUUUAUUAUUACAAAGAAAAUAAACUAUAAUUGUUACACAAAAAUGAUAAUUAUAUUUCUUAAAUAUUUUAUUAAAAAAAAAAAUAUACGUAUAUAUAUAUAUUUUUGUUUAACCUAGUUAAUUAAAAAAUUAUAUAUAUAUAAUUUAAAAUUUAAAAGAAAAAUUUUGUUUUCUCCUUUUCAUUAUAUUAUAUUAUAUCAAUUCGAUUUAAUGGAACGACGGAUUGGAACACAGGAACCAAAUGAAACAAAGAUGUCUAUACCGUUCAUUGUACCAACGUUCGUGCACGAGUGUUUGGUAAAAAAACGUUGUCGCGAGUUCGAAGAAAGUUUCGAGAAUGAUUUAUAUGUUCAAUCUCGAACGAACAAAGUGAAAGCAGAACCAUGAAUGUAACCACGAAAUUUCAGGAACGUUAUAUGUUUCUACUAUGUAUGAGAGUGGCUAUGGAUUAGUUAUAUCUCGUGUGCCAUAACUCCUAAUGUUUGAUAUAUUUAACGAGUCUAGUCCAUUUACAAUGAAACCUUUCAUACACACCCGAGCAAAUGUGUUUAUCCGAAUUCAUAGACUGCACGAAGAAAAAAAAAUAUAUAUAUACAUAUAUUAUAUCUAUGUA